AUGGAGUCCAUGGAGUCGGACGACGUUCUGAGUCAGUUCCAGGACUUGGACCAGAACGAGCAGAGGCAGGCUAUAACAGCACCGAGCCUCAAAAAGGAUGGUCCCAGUAACAAGGGGUUUUGCAGGUUUGAGCUGGACUGUCCAAAGCAGUUUGCAGAGGCUGUGGUGGUUUUGGAACAGAUGAGUUCAGAUCAUUCGCUGGAGAUUCCAGACGGAGCCACAGCGUUCUGGACCAUUUGGUUCUAG